AACUGUGCAAAAAAAAAAUUAAUUUCGACUUAAGAAAUCGUCCGUUAAAGAUUAAAGGAGAAAAUAUUAAAGGCUUUACAGGAGAGAGAAUUGGCGUUGAUAUGACGGAUUCUGAUUGGAUUAUGCAUAAUUAUUGACCACAAGGUUAUUGACUGAAUCCGCUCCCAUUAUUCCCUAUUGCUGCCCGCAGCACCUCUCCUAUAUUCCUCCAACAAUUCCCCAUCUCCCUUCUUUACUUCUUCAUCCCACGACAAAGACGAUUACUAACUUAAUAAUUGCUUCUUUCCCCCAAUUCCCUAGCAUCCAAUAGAACCCUAAUUCUAGGUUUCUAUCAUCCCUACCAUAAAUGAUUAAUCAUUGUGAAACUCCCUCGCAGUCGCAUUACAGUUACUGACAUCAAAACCCUAAAACCUCAUCAAUGGGUUGCUACAACUCCAGGCCAAAAAAAGCCGGUGAAGACCAGAUUUCGUCAUUACCAGAAAAAAUCAUCCAUCAUCAGAUCCUCCCUCGCCUCCAAUCCACAAGACUCACCAACAGGAUCAUCGUCCUCUCCAAAAGAUGGGCCCAACUCUGGCGCUCGUAUCUGAUCCUCGAGUUCGAUGCCCAAAAAGAUUUCAACUCCAAGGAAUCCAUGCAGAGAAUCGCCGACGCCGUAAAGACGAAGUUAUCCUCUUCUUCCCACAACACCCACACCGCCGUCAGGAUCGACGUCGAUUUCGAACACUGCGACCAAGACAUUUUCACCAACUUUAUCGACGUCCUGCUCGAAACCGUCGCCGCCGCCAAAACGCCGACGCGAGAGAUUGACGUCAUGUGGGGAUUUGGAGCUCCGAUUAUCCUUAUAGCCUCCCCCUCAACUUGCUGCGGUCGCCGCCUGAACCGUUACUCUGCCGCCGCUAUAACACCCAAGUUCUCAAGUUGCGAUACUGCAGCUUUGACCGCUACUGUUAAAAAUCGAACAGAAAAAUCUAGGGUUACCGAUCUGGCUGAGUCGCAGACUAGGUCGCUCUCUUAAGACGUUCGUGGCACUGCCUCGUAUUGCGCACAGCAGACUAUUAGCCCGGUCGCCUCGAGGAUAAAACAACCACUCUUUUGAUUUGCUCAACGGUUUUGUGCGAAAAAACUGGAGUUCUUUGAAUCUCACUCUCUCUCAUGUUUCCGCUCUAUGAGGUGUCUUUAGAGGGUCUUGGGAUUCAUGCUUCACUAUGCAUGAACUUUUCGCAUACUACUCAUGACUUGUUAUUACCCAUUGAACUCAUUUCUUAGGAUCUCUAGUCUAUUGGGUCGGGUUACCAUCACUUGUAGUAUGUGGUUCGGUAGGCAUAUGUCUCAUACCUUCGUGGUAUUUUGGACUUUUCUCUCUAGAUAUUCCUUUAGUCAAAGGAUCAGCUAGAUUAUGUUAGGAUCUUACAUGAUCCACCCUCAUUGGUCCUAUCAUUAGGAGUUCUGUAACAGUAUUGUGCUUACGACGAAUUUGUCGUCUCUUUUUGUUCUAGAACCAGUUCCCUUCUUUAGCAAUAGUUGCGGUGUUAUCACAAUAAAUGAACUAUCGGAGGGAUCGGUCUUUCCCAUAAGGGUAUCUCUAGUAGUGACCCUCUCAAUCAACUUUCCUCUUUACUAACCAUUGCUAGUUCUAUCAUUUCUGAUUUCUUAGUUGAUUGAGCCAAGAUCGUUUACUUAUUGGACUUCCAAAACGCAACUCUUCUAGCGAUGUUCAAAAUGCCCAUUGGAUGCCUUGGAGUCCUCUAUAGGUAUUCUCGUCCGCAUCAGUAUACCCUACCAAUACAUCAAGAAACCGUUGAUAACAUAUAUCAAGGCCUACUGUUCACUUAAGGUGCCUCAUGACCCUUUUCAAUAGCAUUUCAAUACUCAUACUAGGACAAUCAGUAAACUUGCCAAGUACCCCCACUAUGUUGGGUCUCAUGUUUGUCAGCUGCCUCUCGCAGACUGUCGAUGCUAGUAGUUCUUACUUUCUUACACAGUCUUUGGUGCUCUUUUAAAAAUUGUACUAGCAUCUUCAAACAUUUAGGCAAGUGUACAACAUGUAUUUCUUAUAGAUCUUAACCAAAAGGUUAGAUUGAUCUAUAAAAAAAAUCUCUUUCACUGUCCUAGUCAUUUGGAUCUCUAAGCAUAACACUUGGAUCCUUCUUAUCAAGAUUCUCACUCAACACGAUUUUCACAUUUAUUCGUGUCAUGAGUCUUUGCAACAAAGAUCAACAUGUCUUUUAUAGCAAGUGUCAUUCUCAAGUUUGUAACAAAUGCGCUUGUCACUUUCAUUCAAAAACCAUGAGAGAGAACCUGAUUAUUCAUGCCACUGUUUUGAGUCUAUUUCAAAUCCUAUCAUGAUUUGUCUAACCAUAGACUCCAGAAGCAUGUUCAAGAUAACAACCUCUUAGGUUGUCCCAAGUAGAUUUCUUUAUCUAAGUCACCAUUCACAAAAGAAGUUUAACAUCCGUAUGACGUUUGUUAUUCUACAUAUUGGUGAAUAAAUAUCGAAGAAAUCUAUAAUUUUUCCUCUUCUCCUAAAGCCUUAGCUACUAGGCGAUCAUUAUACUCAUAAACUAAACCAUUAGGUUACAGUUUUUCUUUUAGAAAUCCAUUUAUUACCUUGGCUUCAUUGCCAGGAGGUAAUUCUCGAAGAAGUAAAUCUUGUUCGGUUCCAUUCUCUCGUGGGAUUAAGUCGAUUUUGGGUGACUUUGAAGAUGCGUGGUAAGUUGUUGGAUGAGGUAUAUGUGCCACUGCCUAAUUGACCACUUGAGAUCUGAGUUUUACACUUCUGUUUGAAUUAAUGACAGUGCUUAUU